UUGGAUACAAAUUUAUUUAAUUAAUGAAGCUCUAAAAACCGCAGUUCCACAAUAACCUCAAUGAAUGACCAAGGGUCAGAAAUAGACUUUCUUCUUUCUUUUGAAGGUUUUGAAUCUCCGAAAAAUCUCUAUAGAUCUCAAAUUUAGGUUCUACAAUGUUCUGAUAUACGCCUGGCAACAAACCACCACUCUACAAAAAAGCCUAAGCAGUUUAAACAGAUUUCAUGUAUCUCAAUAUAUAUAUAUAUAUAAUAUUUAUCUGAAUAUAAAUCUUACCAGUUAAAAAUUUCCUACCAUUCACAACGGUAAAAGUUUUUUUUUUCCUACGCCUGUUGACUGUGACUUCUAAGUCAUGCAUCUUCUUCAGCAGCUUGGGGCUGUGAUAUGCGGCAGUAGUGAUCGUUUUGUUUUCUCUUCUUUUAGAUAACCAGGGAGCACGUGGUUUACUAACCAGGCGCGAUCUAUAGUUUAAACUUCACUUUUUAGAUAACAAUGGAAUCGUAGUUUUGCCUGAAAUACCAGUUUCCGAAUACGGAUCCUGUUUCUCCUUAAAUACCCAUAUGCAGAUUUAAAUGCAAAGUAUUAGCUAUAGGGAGCCAGAAACACUUAUUUGGAGAUAGUUUUCCUCGAUACUCCCACCAUACCUGAUCAAUUGAACCAUUCAUAAUUCUGACAUUGAUUUUUUUUUUCUUCGUGAUGGCGUAUGGCUGCUAAAUUAUUCAGUUAUUUAGUGAACGACUUUUCCUCAAAUUAUUGCCCAUUAUGGCCAUAUGUUUUCUAUUCCGAACUCUAUUCUACGCUCAAGCAACCGGCGCUACGAAUUGAGAAGGUAGAGGCUGUGAAGGUCCUAUACCUGAAAAAUAAUUCAAUCGAAUGAUUAAAAAAAACGUAGAUUAUGCUUUGAUUAGAUCAAGGAUAAAAUGAAGACUGGGGAGAGAUGGAGAGGGCACGAGCUCAUAGAAAUACGCUUAGAGACGUAGACUUAGUUACGUCCCUGACCCUCAUUUAGAACCAGACACUGGUACCUCUUCACCAAAUAAUUAACUGCAGAGUAUCUCUGAAAACCCCUCAAGAACUAGAUCAUGUAAAUUCCUACAGCAACCAGAUCCAACAAGGGGUGUAUUCUCGCCUCUUUCUUUCCAAAAAUGCCCACCCAAAGGCCGUCACCGAUAUUAAGCUCAUGUUACACAUGGAAGCGUGUUCUAAUCUUUCGGGCGAUAUCGAGUGAGCUCGUAUUUUUUUGGUUGUGAUUACAUUGGUUACACCUAGAUAGGCUCCAAUCCUGCAGUCGUAUCUGAGUAUCCUACAGUCAAUAUUGUUUUUAUUAUAAAUUCACUAUAAAGCAUCCGAUAAAUUCAUCUUCAAAAUGAAUUUAAGUAGUUCACUAGUUAAUAAUAAAUAGUGUGAUAAAUGGUUAAGUAAAGUGAUUAGAUAGAAUAAUACUUUGCCACCAAACCUUAUCUAAUCGAAAACACCAACAACGGCCCUUUGACAAAUAUCAUUCUGAAGAUCUGACAAUAUUUAAUUUCUAUUCUGAACUGGUUAAAAUGAAUCUACCUUUAGAUAACAAUCAUACAUUUCCUCGAUAUUUGCUUGGGAAAAUCCCCUCCAAUAAAUAAUUAAAAAGAUUGAAAUAGUAAUUGAAAAGGUUCGGGUUGAAGAACAGUGUCUAUGAUAACAUAUGAAUGUUUCUAAAAUUUAUAUAAAGCACUUCUAAAGUUUGACGAAACCUAAAUAAAUAAUGUAUUUACAAUUUAACGAUGAUAAGGUUAUAUAUUGUUGAUCACUUGUCUGACUUCAUCAAAUCGAUAUAUUUUAUAACCUACUACUAAUAGUUGGUCAGGUAUUUUCAUCUUUUUUAUUCAACUGAUAUAUCUAUCUGAUUCAUUUGUUUGAGUAAUGCAAGCCUCUAAGGCAGUAUUGUUCAUAACCACUGGAACAGUUUUACUUUUCCGGAUUUAUUCUGCUACUGAGUAUAGGAAUCGAGCCAAGUAUACAGACUUUCCUUAUGUUGUUCGCCUUCUAAUAGAUAAAUCGGGUGGAAAAAUGAUUUGUGCUGGUUCCUUAAUUCAUCCUCAGUGGGUGCUCACUGCAGCGCAUUGCACCACGGAUUACAAAUUUAUUCAGGUACAUGCAGCAAUAAAAGAGGCUGAGAAAGGAACUGCAAACUCAAGUCAGGAACUUUCAGCGGAGAAAUGUAUUUCUUAUCCUGGUUUCAUCAACAAGCUCGCAUUAAUCGGAAUGAAUCUAAAUAACGAUUAUUCUCUGAUUAGAUUAGAAGGCAGUUUUGAAGUAGACAACAAGAAUGUUGGGUUGGUCGUGCUGGAGAACAGAACAUGGUCAGAUGACGAACAAAGGAACUGUCUGGCUGUAGGCUUUGGCGCGAUUCACGACAGUGAGGGAUUGUAUUUCUUCAGUGUGAAUGCAGUUCAUGCGAGUUGUCCUUGCAAAACGAAAAAAUACUUGCUGGAGAGGUACAUAUGUACAACAAUCAGUGAAAAAUAUGGAUCUUCUAUUUGUCCAGGUGAUUCAGGAGGACCGUUGAUUUGUGACGAUAAGCAGGUAGGAUUAGCAUCACAUACCUACCCUGGCCAACGUUGCGACCUCUUCUCUACAAGAACUCACAAAACUUUUGGUUGUGACAAGCCGGGAACAGUGAGCUCAUUCACCUACGUUUGCCCGGUGCUGUCUUGGAUAAGGAAAAACGUCGGAGACAGUAUACCUAUCCAGCCCGCUUAUUGCUGAACAUGUUUCUCAAGAAAUUUGUUUUUAAAAUUGUAUUUCUGUGAAUCCAGCUCACCUUUCGAAGAUUACUACUUUCAAGAUAGCACUGAAGUGAUAAAAUAAUUUAUAAAUUUGAGUUAUCGCCUCUAAUUAAUAAUAACUCUCUUACUAUAUAUAUUUCAAAAUGAA